AUACUCUUUGAGCGUAACAGCCCCCAAAUAAUUCUGUAUUAACUAAUCACUAUUUAAGUAUUUAUUAAGUUAUUCAUAUUUUGUAGAAGUGUUUUUCAUUUCGUACGUUUCGAUUCAAACAUAAAAACUUUGUUUUUUAUAUCGGUCUCCAUUAAAAUAUAUUACAUUAAAAUCCACUAUUUUUAUGAGAAAUGCCUACUUAUUAUAAAUGGCGUUCUGCUAAAAUACAGACACGAAAGCAUGAAUACCCUAGUUUGGAAGUAACUAAUCAUCCCUUAAGAGUAGAAGUUCUUAACUUAAAAAUUAGUGCAAGUAAAAGUUUUAUACAAAGUCUUCACAAAUGGAGUUCUUCAUUUGAAGAAUUGGACCCAUUGUUAAGGUUUGAACAAAUGAACUUAGAAAAUGUAAAAAAAUUUGAUGAUGUUAUAAACUAUAGUAAAAUUUGGAGUAUGAAAUGUGCAGCUAUUCUAAACAAAUAUACUACAGGAGAAAAAUUGACAAUUAUCAGCAGCUAUUUGCCAGGGGGUGAAAAAAUUAGUUCUUUUUCAGCUUUAUUAAGACAGGUAUCUAAUCUUAAUGAGAAGGUGAAACAUAGACUAGAACAACUUGAUGAUUUUGAUGAAACAUCAGUUAGGAAAACGAUGGGUUUGAGCCAGCAAGAGUUUGUUACUAAAAUACACAUGCUCGAUGAUGAAAUAAAAAAGGCCUGGGACUCAGAACAAAGGGUAAAGGCUUUCAAAAUUGCUAUUCAAUGUUCAAAGUUGCUGUCUGAUAUUAGUGUAAUGCAAUUCUAUCCAAGCAAAUUUGUGUUAAUAAGUGAUGUUUUGGACAAUUUUGGAGCUUUAGUUUUUGAUCGCCUUAAAAAAAAGAGUUUUGGUAGCGAUAACGUAAAGUUUGAGGACAUUGAUAGUAAUCUGGUACCAGAGUCUGCUAGAGAAACGUGCCAGAACUGGAUGUUUAAAAUGGCGUCAAUAAGGGAACUACUGCCACGAUUGUACAUGGAGAUGGCUUUAUUAAAAUGUUACGUGUUUAUUUCAAAAGAGGAAAUAAAACCUGCAAUUUUAAGACUGAUAACAAUGAUAAGAGGUAUUGGAAAUCCCCUAGUUGGUAUAUAUGUCAGGGUAUAUUUGUGUAAAGUAGCCUCUUCGUUGUUUGGCAAGGAGAGCGAAUGUUAUUUCUACGAUAAUUUGAAGGAAUUUCUUGAAGAAUACCAACAGAUCUUUCAACCUGCCAUGGCAAAAAAAUUUGGAACUCAACUAUUGACAGCAGAUCAGUACCUCAGUCUCUAUGUACCGGCUAUCGAUUGGUUAUUUUCAGGAACACUGAACACUGUUUCCUGCAAAAUUACCUUCUUAGAAGAGUUGUUACAAAUGUGUGAUAAUACAGAGAAUAGUGAACUUUUACUCUGUUGCUUACUGUCCGUUUACGAUUCUCCAAAUAUUAUAAAAAAAUCAUCAGUCAUUUUGGAAAUAAUACAUAAAUCAGCAGAACACAUGGUUCUUCUUAGUCAAAUAUUGAGUUCACUCGGAGAACACCUCUGCCAUGCGGAACCCUACCGCCAGCACUCGUCAGAAGCUUUGAGUCAAAGUUGGUGGAAAAUAGCAAAUAACAUGAAAUCUACCGCAGACUUCCUUCUAGUGUUAGAACCUUGGUUACAGUUUGCUUGCAAACAGUUAUCGAUUCAGCACAUCAAUAUGUUACUACGGGGGACAAUACGCUACAUGAUAAAGAGCAGUAGGCCUGCUGACGGUUACUCCUCUCAAAUACAAUCGGCUAUCAAGAGAAUGUUGAAGUCAAUUCCCGAUGUCGAAGAACUUUUUUUGAUGGAUGCCUUCAUGCCUCUCGUAGAAUUGGUACAGACGUCCAGUGAACGAACAAUGAUGGCGAAGACAGUACUCUCUGUUUUCUUCGAGAGAUAUAACUCGGUACAAAUAGAAGAUCACAUCAUUAUCGCCAGCUUGAUGAGACUUUGUUGUAUACUACACGAUUCUAUCAAUGCGGUCACCGUGGAAGACGAGAUAAAACUUUGUGCAGAUUUAAUAAAUAAGUUCAUACAAACGGUGUCUUAUCAAGACGAUUUUCAACAGCAAUUGAACUUUUACGUCGACUGUCGCUCAGCAUUUAUUAAACUCGAUUCCGUACUCGUCACUUUAGUGCAUGGCGUACACGCGCUGGCCGCGCGUGCAGGACGGGCGCGCGGUAGCUGGCUGCCGCGCGCCUGCGCCGCCUACUGUUUCGUGACCGUGCCCUCGCUGCAGUGUGCGCUGGCUCGCGCGCAGCUCUACCUGCUGGGCGCGCACUCCGCCCUGCUGGCUGCCUGCAUCGGACAGGCUGAGGCAAACUUAAAAGCUUUCGUGGGUCUCAUCCCAGACAUUCCUCAAUACAUUCAAGAAGACGGUCAAAACAAACCGACGCAUGAUAAAGUUCUUGGUCUUCUAAGCAAUUUUCUCUCCACUCUCCUUAUUUUACCGGACAAUAUGGAUAGUACCAGCAAAGCGUACAUACUGAGUGGAUUUAUAAAAGUUAUGGAGAGAAUACACUGGAAGAAAACUGAUCCUUUGUAUUAUACUUUACUAGUCAGGACUUUAGAUCUACUUUGCCAUAUGACACAAGAAAAAUACGUUUACCACAUUGAUGGAGUUCUCUCGAAUGACGAACUCUAUGGUUCGGAAGAAGAAUUUAUCGAAGUCUUAGAAAAUCACGCGACAGCCAUAUGUCAAGAACUGCUGGUUGUGUUGAAGGCGCUCGGUGAUGUUAAAGAAACUAAGAAACAGUACAAUUUAGCUUUAGAAUUGUUUUGGAGAAUAAUCAAACGGAGUGAUCUUAAAGAAAGCUCUAUGAUCAGUUUGGCGGUUAAUUUGUGGGUUUUAUCACAAAAAAUUCAAGAUUCAAGCUAUAAUUUUGCGAAAACACUGUUAUCAGCAUUGGAAUGGGAUAAAAGCGCAGAGGGACAGCGACUACUUCAUAAACUGAAGUCCAUAUAAAAUAUUAUUACUUGUAACUUGUACCAUUCCUUAUAAUGUUUUUAUAAUAUUUUGUAUGCAAUAAACUU